CCACGCACAACAACUCACAAACGUCAAAAUUAAACCACCCCAAAAACAGGGAGCUCAUUCUUAGUUUCUGUCUCUGCCUGCGUUCGUGUGCGUCACUGUGGAACGGUUCCGAGCUUUGUUCAUGGCCUAAGCGACGAGUUUGAGCAACUGGGGCUCUGUGCUUCUGAAUUCCCAGCAGUCUUUUCAUAAGAAGAAGGUGAAACAGUGAGAAUAGAACAGUGCCCAGAAGCUGAAGGAGGAAAAAUGAGAAGGUUGGUUUUGUUCAGAGGAGCUGUGUUGUGGGUUGAGUUCCUAUUGUCAGCGUUGGGUGGCUUUCUCAUGUUUUCUAGGUUCUUUUGUCGCUAUUAAUGACUUCAGUAAUGGUCACUUUGCUUCUUGGAGGCAGCAAAUGGUUCCCAGGAAAUAUUCAGCUCUUCAAAGAAGCCCUUAUGACCUUUGGCAUUGAGAAGUGGAUAUUUGAUAGAUUUCUUACUGUUUUCAUAAGGCAGUGUCUUUGCUAGGUGUAUGUGGUAUUAUACCUGUUAGAGAAGUUCCCUAGAUCUCCACAGUUCCACGUGCUUGUUCAGCUACCUCUCUUAGUAAAUUAGGGAUUAGUUUUUCUCUGAGGUGAAUUGAACGUUGUCAUUCUGAUUCCUGCAAUCUGGUGGUUUGUUGAACUCUGUACGAGGCUAACCUCCUUUGGCAGGAUAAUUCCUCACAGAAACUUAGGCAUAGAAAAUCUUCUUUGGCAUGUUUGGUUCUUAGAGAAACAGACUCUUACCUUUGUUUAAACCUGAAAAAGAAAAAAAAAAGCUCUGUUGAAGUUACUGAAGUUCCCUCUGGUUGGCUAUCUUGUGUAGUGGAUGAGAAGAGUUCAUCUUUGAAGUUUCUAGUCAGAAAGUCUCCUCUAGUUGAAACUUCUCUCCACCUAUCGCCGACCGGGCAAAUCUUCUUUGACAUUUCGAGUCCUCUGUUGACUCUGACCCUUUAAGGGCAAAUCUUCUUUGGCAUUUUGAGUCAUUUGUUGACUCUUGUUAACGCCCUCGGGCAAAUCUCCUUUGGCAUUAGAUCUCCAGUUUUAGUGGUGAAAUACCCUACUGGAGAUACUGACACAUUAUCCUGGAAAAUACAUCAUUCUAUCCUCUUUACUAUCUGAUCCUUGAAGCAGUGCUCACCAAGAGUUUCAACAGAAGAUUAGUUUUAGCCAGUGUUGUUGAUAUAUUUCGUGGUAGAAGGUUUGUGUCCAUUUUGACAGCACUGAUAUCUUGCAACUGAGUGAAGGUUAUCUGAGUUUCUCUGCAGGACUCAUUUUUUCUGCUCUCAUUUUGCAACUUAGGCAUCUGAACGAUGGAUGUGCUUCUCAGUGACUCUGAUUGGGACAGUUACAGUGAGACUGGUAGCAAUGAGGAUCAAGAGGGAAAUUACCAUUUCUAUGGUGAGCACGCCAGCAGCCUAUUUUCUAGCCUCGAGGCUAGCAUUGGGAAAAUCGAUGAUUUCCUCUCAUUCGAGAGGGGAUUUAUAUAUGGAGACAUAGUGUGCUCUGUGAGAGAUCCAUCUGGACAGAUGGGAAAAGUUGUUGGCAUCAAGAUAUCUGUCGAUUUGGAGAGUGUGAAUGGAAAUGUUAUCAAAGAUGUAAACUCGAAGAAUCUGUCAAAGAUCCGUCCCUUUUCAGUGGGGGAUUUUGUUGUUUGCGGGCCCUGGCUUGGAAGGGUGGACAGAGUAGUUGACUGCAUAGCUAUUGUCUUUGAUGAUGGCACGGAGUGUGUGGUGACUGCAGUGGAUCCAGAAAAGCUCAUCCCCGUCUCCCCAAACAUACUUGAAGAUCCUCAGUACCCAUAUUAUCCAGGACAGAGAGUACAGGUUAGGCUCUCAACUGUUUCCAAAUCAACUAAGUGGCUAUGUGGUAACUGGAGUGAAAAUCAAGAUGAAGGAACUGUCUGUUCUUUGGAAGGAGGUUUAGUGUAUGUUGAUUGGCUUGCCUCUGUUCUCGUAGGUUGUGAUUCGGAUUAUCCUGCUCCUCCACGUCAACUAGAUUCGAAAAAAUUGACUUUGGUGUCAUGUUUCUCUCAUGCCAAUUGGCAGCUUGGUGACUGGUGCAUGCUUUCAAUUGCUGAGUGUAAAGGUUUCUCGGAGCAGGCUUUUCAUAGAACAUCUACUUGUGAGCUCACUAACAAGCAAGAAGGUUCAGAAAGAGGAUUCAAGAGAAGAAAUCCCAAGUCAAAAAUUGAGGAAAUCUUUGUAAUCUCAAAGACAAAGACCAAAGUUGAUGUGGUGUGGCAAGAUGGCAGCCAGUCGUUGGAAGUGGAUUCACAGACGCUCCUCCCGGUCAGUGUUGUAAAUGAUCAUGAAUUCUGGCCUGAACAGUUUGUCCUUGAAAAGGGGGCUUAUGAUGAUCUAAACUUGUUUAGCAGCCAAAGAUGGGGUGUUGUGCGUGGUGUGGAUGCAAAGGAACGUACAGUGAAGGUGCAGUGGAAAACUAUAAUUGCACCUGGAGCCAAUGAUUUAGAGGGAGAGCAGAUGGAGGAGGAAGUCGUCAGUGCUUAUGAACUUGUUGAACACCCAGAUUACUCCUACUGUUUUGGAGAUUAUGUGUUUAGGAUGGUUCAGAAUCAUUUUGAUGAAGAAGUUGAUAAAAGCUAUUCGAGCACAAGGUUGGAUAUGACUGAGGAGGUAGCUCCGGAAGAGAAAAACUUUGGUGGGGAUCAAGAACCUUUCACAGAUAAAAGUUACCUACGUUGCAUUGGCAAUGUUUUGGACUUUAAAAAUGGUGUUGUAGAAGUGAGAUGGGCAACUGGUAUCACAAGCAAGGUGGCCCCUUGUGAAAUUUUCCGGUUUGAUAAACAUGAAAUUUCAACUGAAAUCACCGUAGAAGAUGCUUCUGAGGAGUUGAACAAAGAGAAAGCUGAACAUGAAAAACAACCUAAUAAUGAGAAAGCAAAGGAUUCCUUCAACUUAAAUGGUGAUGCUAAAAGUUGCAAACAGUAUGCAAGCGAGUCUAGUUCAUAUUCCCUUCCUCAAGCUGCUUUUGGAUUUAUCUCGAGCAUCGCUAUGAGUCUCUUUGGAUCCCAUGGUUACACAUCACUUUUAGGUCCUUCCCCAUCAUCCUGUACAAAGGAAUCGGGGAUUUGCCAUGAGAAACGAAUAGAAGAAACUCGUGAUAUCUGCACAGAGCCACAUAUGGUGUGUGAAUCUGACGACAUUAAUGAAAAUUCGAAUCAUGAAGGCAAUGACAUUGAGGGGAACAUAUAUCUUUUAUGUUUGAAAGACCAGGAGAAGGUAGAUCAUUUUAGGCAGUUUGACAUGCUUGAUGAUUGUGCGGAUCACCACUUUCAUGGUUCCAGCAAGGAGUUGGCAUUAUCCCAGGUGAAAAGAGGUUGGAUGAAGAAGGUUCAGCAAGAGUGGAACAUCUUGGAGAAAGACCUUCCUGAACAAAUCUAUGUCCGUGCCUUUGAGGAAAGGAUGGAUCUACUGCGGGCAGCCAUCGUUGGUGCACCAGGAACUCCUUAUCAUGAUGGGUUGUUCUUUUUUGACAUUUAUCUUCCACCAGAAUAUCCGCAUGACCCACCUACUGUACACUACAUAUCUGGCGGCCUACGUGUGAACCCGAACUUGUACGAGUCUGGAAAGGUCUGUCUUAGUCUUCUUAACACAUGGACUGGUACAGGAAGUGAAGUUUGGAAUCCUGAGAGCUCCACCAUUCUUCAAGUUCUUCUCUCCCUUCAAGCUCUUGUGCUUAAUGACAGGCCAUAUUUCAAUGAAGCUGGAUAUGAUCAGCAGGUGGGAAGAAUAGAGGGAGAGAAAAACUCGGUGAGCUAUAAUGAAAAUGCAUUCCUUAUGACAUGUAAGUGCAUGUUGUACUCUCUCCAAAAGCCGCCCAAGCAUUUUGAGGGGCUUGUGAUGGAACACUUUACUCGGCGCUCUGAAAAUAUUCUAACGGCUUGUAAAGCAUAUAUGGAGGGGGUUCCAAUAGGGGGUGUUGCUGAUUUUCAGAAAACCAAUGGAAGCUCUACUGGGUUCAAAAUUAUGCUUGCUAAACUCUUUCAGAAACUAGUGGAGGCAUUUUCUGCUAAGGGAAUCGACUGCAACCAGUUCCUCGUGGCAGGGAAAUGAAAUGAUGCAAAAGGUGCAGGUUUGUAAUAUACAAGGUACUCAAGGAUUAAUUCCUGCUGUGUAUAAAUAAAGCCACAGUGCCAUUGUGUGUGUGUUCAGUUGUAAGCUUGAUCGUGCAUGUUUCUGAAUUUGUGAUUGCUCUUGUCCAGAUAAGAGAAACCGAUCCCCACAGUUGUGUAUAUUUGAAAAAUAAAUGUAUCUGUACUGUAUUGUAUCUUGCAUGUAAAGUUUGUGAAUAAAAAGCAAGAGUUGGUUUGGUGUGUA